GAGUCGGUUUCGAAGCAGGAUGGGCAAACCAAAGCUUCGCACCGUCUCCCAAGGACGGCAUAGAAGCCGGACAUUGGCAUCGACUGGAGCCAGGCAAUUAACCCACAAAAUUGAAAUCUGCAAUUUGAACAACCAAACAGUUCAUCCAGCUAACCACACUUUCCGAGUCUACAAAUUUCGUCUCGAUGUCUCCCAUUAUUGAAGAAAAAGUCCAAGUUUGCAUUAUCGGGGGUGGACCCACUGGCAUUAUCUACCUGCAGGAACUUGUGGAUGCAGGUGUUACUGAUGUCCGUGUCAUUGAAGCCAAGAAGACUUCUGGUGGCCUCUUCCGUGGGUGCUACGAGGAUUCCAUGCUCACUAUUUCCAAUCAAUUCAUCACGUUCUCCAAAAUGCACAACGUGGAUCCAAUGCACAUGUACACAGAAGAGUAUGCUGACUACUGCGAUGAAUUUGUCAGCAAGUUUGAUCUAUCUCAGUACAUGUCUUUUGAGACUGUUGCCACCAAGUGCAACUAUGACAAAGGCAAAAAGAUUUGGACCAUUCAGUACAAAGGCAUUGGCCCUGAAGGAGCCACUGGUAGUGUGACCUCUGACUACCUUGUUGUGGCAUCCGGGGCCCAUGCCCCAGUUUCCCCAAGUACCACUGGCCUGCCCAGUUGUGUCAAACUGCCAGGUAGCAAUGGCUUGCCCGCCUUCAACAACUUUAAAGGGACUGUGAUUCAUUCUUCUGAAUACCAGACCUCCAACAUCUUUCAGGGCAAGCAUGUCUUGGUAGUUGGAUCUGGUGAGUCUGGAUCUGAUAUUGCUAUGGCAGCCACCACAGGCAACUCCAAGUCUGUUGCCGUGAGUGUACGAGGAGCACCAGGCCAUUUUGUUCCACGUGCUUAUGGGGAAGCUUAUUCCGCUGAAACUAGAAAAGUACAAUCAGGGAAUGGCAACUGGUGGCAGAAGAACUUUCCCAUUGGACCCGGAGAAGGUCCAUUCGAUCAUAGCUCAAACAUGGGAAGAGUUGGUGCGCCAAGGUCGCAAUUGCUUCCAGCAUUCAAUGCUGCCCGUGCUGCAGCUGCGGUUGCCCCCUUAAUGCCAGGUGACUUGACACCUUCAAAACAAGGUAUAUUUACCUUUGGAACAAACCUUCUCUGUGGUCUACACAGCACCAGUCAGUACGGGACCAAGACAGGGGGGCUUCCACAGGCUGUGGCAAAUGGAGCAUUCUUGGUUCCUGGGAUCCAACAAGUCAAAUCCAAAUCUAUAGUCUUUGCUGAUGGAACUGAGCUUGAGAUUGAUCUUGUUGUGCUUUGCACUGGCUUCAAGACCACAUUUCCUUUUCUGGAAGAGGAGUCACCACAAGCCAUCAAGGACUUCAAUCCUAGGAAGCUCUGGAAGCACAUGUUGGACAGUGAAUACGGAGACAGACUUGUUUUUGGAGGAUUUGUCAGGCCUGCUUUUGGUUCUAUUCCACAACUAUCCGAAAUGCAGGCACGUGUGUAUGCCCAACUUGUUACUGGGAAAAUUGCCCUGCCAGAAGAGAAACAGCUGGCCCAGACCAUUGCCACAGACGCAGCCAGAGAAGAAACCUUUUACAUUUCCUCAAAAGACAUCCCAGCACUUACCCACUUUAUUCACUACUCUGCUGACAUGGCCUCAUUGAUUGGACAAGGGAUUGAUUACCGGAUGCUGCUAGUAAAAGAACCCAAGUUGUUCUUGCGGCUUCUGUCCAGCCCGUACAAUGUCAAACGUUUCUACAUGAAUGACAAUGACAAAGCUUUGAGCCAUGAUGCAAGAAACAGAUUUGCAAAAAGGCCCAAGGCAGCCCUCCUUGACACAGACCUUCACAUUUGGUUGCUGUGCCUUGCCAUUACAACCCUUGUUGAUGUACCAAUGCUAUCAUUGCCUGGAGUGAUGCCUCCUACAAGGUCCCAGAGAGCUUGGGCAUGGCUGACUCUCCCAGUCUGGUGGAUUCUUUUGAUUCCGUCCAUCUAUGAGUAUGCAGUCUUGUGGUUGUUUGCACUCAUGAGUCCCUAUACAUGGCUGUACUUGUACAGAAAUCUGAUUCAUGGUGGUGACAACCAAGCUGGUGAUUUCUGUUGGGCGGCCUCUGUGUUAGAAAAUUCGUACAUUCGAAACUUGAUUCUCCAUCCCUUCUCAGUGAUUGCAUUUGUUGUAUAUGUGAUUCUGAGUCUACCCAUUGCCAUCCCUCAAGCUGUGACGACGGAGUGGGCCUAUCAAGGAACAUGUUAGUCCACCCCGAGACAACUGAUGCCAAGUAGUAGUAGAUGAAGGAUGCAAAAAAAUCGCAGACAUUGUUGCCAUCGGAAAGGUUGAAGUCCUGACCUCUAGUAAUUAACAUAGGCAUAGCACUAAGGAGUAAAAGACUCUCUGUCAUAGAGAGAUGCAUGCCAACUUGUCCAGUUUUCUGAAGAGUAACGGGGGUUUGAGAGUAGGGAACUUAUCUACGGAAGCCAGUUUCUUGUUCUUGCGGUGGCGGUCGAUAGUCGAUAC